CUUCCAAAACGAACUAACCAAAGUACUACACAGGAGAUCCAAGAUGUUUAAGAUCAUCGUUCUGGUUGCCUGUCUGGCUGCUGUUGCCUCAGCUCAGUUCGGAGGAGAUCAUGAUGAAUAUCAUCAUUCGCAUCCAAAGUACAAGUACGAAUACGGCGUCAAGGACCACCACACCAAAGAUCACAAGAGUCAGUGGGAGCAUCGUGAUGGCGACCACGUAAAGGGACAGUACACUCUGGAUGAGGCCGACGGAACCCAUCGCAUUGUGGAUUACAGUUCAGAUCACAAAACUGGAUUCCAGCCGCAUGUUCAGCGCAAGGGACACGCCCAUCAUCCGCACGGAGAGAGCUAUGCUAACAUUGAACAGCAUUACUGAAUUAGCCAAUGAUUCAAAUGACUGUUGCCAGUAAACUGAACUAAAGAUCAAAUAGCAAUCUAAAU